AGGAGCUUAACCAGAAGCUGUUGAUGAUGGAGCUCAGCUCAUCUCUGUAGAGAGAGAGAGAGAGAGAGAGAGUGAGAGAGAGAAAGCUUUGAGCCUUAAUAACUGGUAAAAAUGGUGCAAGCUCUUCUACAAGCUGUACCAUUUUUCCAUUCCUCUUCUUCUAUUGUUUCCUCCUCUAUCUCCAGGGGAGUGCCUGGUAAAAUAAUGGUGAAGUGCUCAAUUGAGAAUUCUUCUGUAUCUAGUAAGCUUGUGACCAGACAUAUUUUAUCUGGUCUUGCAGCUUCAAUAAUCACCAUCUCUCAAAUUAAUCAGGCUGUGGCUGCUGAUGUGCCCCAUCAAAGAAAUAUAUGCCAGCUUGCAAAUGCAGCAAGUAAUUUGCCAACCCUUCCACUUGAUGAGGAUUCUUAUAAAGGAGGUGCGAAGCUAAUGAUGAUGAGAGGCAUGACGGCUAAGAAUUUUGAUCCCAUCAGAUAUUCUGGAAGAUGGUUUGAAGUAGCUUCUCUUAAACGCGGGUUCGCUGGACAAGGUCAGGAAGAUUGCCACUGCACGCAGGGUGUAUAUACGUUUGAUAUGGAGGCACCAUCAAUUCAAGUUGAUACCUUUUGUGUUCACGGAGACCCUGAUGGAUAUAUAACAGGUAUAAGAGGGAAGGUCCAAUGCCUUUCAGAAAACGAUUUGGAGCAAAAUGAGACUGAUCUGGAAAAACAAGAGAUGAUUAAAGAGAAAUGUUAUCUGCGUUUCCCAACAUUGCCCUUCAUUCCUAAGGAGCCAUAUGAUGUGAUUGCAACUGAUUACUACAAUUUCGCUCUUGUUUCUGGAGCAAAAGACAGAAGUUUUAUACAGAUAUACUCAAGGACACCUAACCCUGGACCUCAAUUCAUAGAGAAGUACAAGUCUUACUUGGCCAACUUUGGAUAUGAUCCGAGCAAAAUCAAAGACACCCCACAAGAUUGCCAAGUAAUGUCAAAUAGUCAGCUAACUGCGAUGAUGUCAAUGUCAGGAAUGCAGCAGGCUCUAACUAACCAGUUCCCUGAUCUGGGAUUGAAAGCCUCUGUUGAGUUUAACCCUUUUACUAGUGUAUUUGACACUCUGAAGAAGCUUGUUGAGCUCUAUUUUAAGUAGAUUGUCAAUAAACUUGUUAGUAACUUCUGUAUUUAAUCUCUAAAGCAACUUGAGACAGUAAAUAAACGUUUCCAUUUUAAUGCCU